AUGGCUGGAAGAAACGAUGCUGCGAUUGCUGCUGCUUUGGAGGCUAUGGCUCAAGCUCUGGAACAUCAACCUAAUGCUGGUGAGAAUGCUGGGUCUCGUAGUUUGGCUACCUUCCAGAGGGAGAAUCCACCGGUCUUUAAGGGCAAGCAUGACCCCGAUGGAGCAUUAAAGUGGUUGAAGGAGAUAGAGAGAAUCUUCUGUGUAAUAGAUUGUACUCAGGCACAGAAAGUUCGCUAUGGGACACAUAUGCUAGCAGUCGAAGCUGACGACUGGUGGCUAGCAGCACGUCAGAGACUAGAAGCUGCAGGUGAAGAGAUCACUUGGGAUGUGUUCCGAAGGGAAUUUCUGAGGAAGUACUACCCUGAGAGUGUCUGUGGUAAGAAGGAAAUUGAGUUCCAUGAACUGAAACAAGGGAACAUGUCAGUGACCGAUUAUGCUGCGAAGUUCACUGAAUUGGCCAAAUUUUACCCAUACUAUGAUGGAGAAGGUGCAGAGUUUUCAAAAUGCGUUAAAUUUGAAAAUGGAAUUUUUGAGGAAGAUAAUGCUGCUCACUAUAAGAUUGUCAGUGAUAGAAGAGGCAUGCAGAAUCAGCAACGUGGCAAGCCUUAUGACGCUCCAGCUAGCAAGGGCAAACAGAGAGCUGCUCCGGGCCAUAGAGCUAGUGGGAGAGGUGCUCCUACUCCGAUUGUGUGUUUUAAGUGUGGAAAGGUUGGUCACAAGAGUACUUACUGCACUGAUGAAGUUAAGAAAUGUUUCCGCUGUGGCAAGACUGGUCAUAUGAUGUCUGAAUGUAGACAUAAAGAAGUGGUUUGUUUUAAUUGCGGCGAAGAAGGACACAUUAGAAGUAAAUGUCAGAAACCAAAGAAUGCACAAGCUGGUGGUAAGGUGUUCGCGUUGGCUGGUACUCAGACAAGCACCGAAGACAGACUCAUUAGAGGUACUUGUUUCAUCAAUAGUGUGCCUUUAAUUACUAUUAUCGAUACUGGUGCUACUCAUUGUUUUAUUGCUGCUGAAUGUGUUGAAAGAUUGGGUCUUGUGCUAUCUUCGAUGAAUGGCGAGAUGGUAGUUGAGGUUCCAGCUAAAGGGUCUGUGACUACAUCUCUUGUUUGUUUAAAGUGUCCGUUGUCGAUCUUCGACAGCGACUUUGUUGUUGAUUUAGUGUGUCUACCGUUAGCCGGGCUAGACGUAAUUUUGGGAAUGAACUGGUUAGAAUAUAACUAUGCUCACGUAAAUUGUUAUAACAAGACUGUGAGAUUUUCAACUGCCAAAGAGGAAGAAGCGGGUUUAGUGUCGUCUAAGCAGGUACGACAGUUGUUGAAAGAAGAAGUAGAGAUGUUCUCGUUAAUGGCAACAUUGUCAAUCAAAAAUCAGAAUAUCAUCGAUGGGUUACCGGUAGUACGUGAAUUUCCUGAGGUUUUUCUUGAUGAAAUUCCUGACGUGCCUCCAGAAAGAGGAAUUGAGUUUACGAUUGAUCUUGUACCGGGUACCAGACCUGUCUCUAUGGCACCUGGCAUUGCUGUAGAUCCAUCCAAGGUAGAUGAUGUGUUACAAUGGGAUACUCCAAAGUUAGCUACUGAGAUCAGAAGUUUCUUGGGUUUAGCCGGUUACUACAGACGGUUUAUUGAAGGAUUUUCUAAGUUGGCACUUCCAUUAACCAAGUUGACGUGUAAGGGUAAAGUGUUCAUAUGGGAUGCACAAUGCGAAGAAAGUUUUGUAAAAUUGAAGAAGAGAUUGACGACAACUCCGGUUUUGACAUUACCAAAUCCAGGCGAACCUUUUGUGGUCUAUUGCGAUGCUUCUCUGAUGGGCUUAGGUGGUGUACUUAUGCAGAACGGUAAGGUGAUUGCUUAUGCAUCGAGGCAACUGAAAAUUCAUGAAAAGAACUACCCUACACAUGAUUUGGAACUCGCUGUUGUUGUUUUCAGUAUUAAGUUGGGAAUGCUUAAAAUUGAUAACAACUUCCUGAACAGUAUCAAAGAGGCUCAGAAAUUGGAUGUGAAACUAGUAGACAUUAUCGUUAGUUGUAGCAAAUCUGAAAGGAGUGAUUUUAAGGUGGACGCGCAAGGAGUGUUGAGAUUACAGGAUCGAAUCUGUAUCCCUGAUGACGAUAACAUGAAGAGGAUGAUUUUAGAAGAGGGUCAUCGGAGUAACUUGAGUAUUCAUCCUGGGGCUACUAAAAUGUAUCAAGACUUGAAAAAGAUAUUUUGGUGCCAAGAAUGA